AGUUCAAAGCCACCACCUGAUACACCACCUCACAGCCAACACGCAAAAAAGACGUGGAUGAUGAUAAGAUAUCCUGCUUUUGAUGGUAGUGAAAUGAUGCGGUGUAGGUGUGGGUGAUGCGUUCAACAGCGUAAUGCCCUAUCAUGGGUGUGAAAGUCCGUUGCUUGUUGAGUAUAUAAUAUCUCUGGGUGUCCAGGAAAGGAAGGAACUUAUAACAACAGAUCCAACGACUUCUGGAAGAAAACCCAAAGACAAUCAAUCAAAGCCACUCAGCACCUUGAAGUCGACAAUUCAAGCCAUUCACUCGAUAUAAAAAGACAGAAAUCCCACCUUUGUACUCAUCACUCAUUACACAUCAUCUAAGAUGUGUGGAUCAAAAGUCAACAGCUACACAGGGUGCGGCCAUACCUUCAAGGAGCUAUGGAAGUGCAGACCCGUCCGCGACUUUGGACAGCCUAUUUGCCGACACUGGGACGCCCUCAAUCGAGAGCACCCUCAAGCUCUACCUCAGAACUGCCCGGACUGCGAACGUCGCCCAUUCGAUGCAUCAAGAUGGAGAGAAAUCGGUAUCCAGCCUCAAGAUCCAGUGUUUACCAGAAUUGGUAGUGUGGCAGACAGAUAUGUUCCUACGCCUCCACCACCUCCUCCUGCCUCAAGACGUCCUUCGGGGUACAUCUAUGGUGAAGAUCAGACAAGAACAGGUGCUGGAGCAGACCCAACUCCUAGCGAGAUCGAUCGUCGUGUUUUGAACUGGGGCAGAGAUGUACCUCAUCCAACUGGUUAUGACACUCGUUACACUCCUGCCAGCCCCGAACGCGGUGUAUAUAGGCGAACCAGCAGUCAGGACAACCUUCACUCCAGCUCCAGGGCUGGGGGUUCUGCAUCUCACCAUCACCACCAUCACCAUCGCCAUCACCGCCGCCACCACAGUUCCGGAGCUGGGAACUCCACACACCACCAGCCGAGUUCCACCUCGAGAGUCGGCAGUUCUGCUCCAUACCAUCAGCCAAGUUAUAGCUCGAGAAUCGGUAGUUCUGCUCCACACCAUCAUGGCUCCGUAUUCGAGCACACAUCUCAUCAGUCCACCAACGGAACACAACUAUAUAGCGCACCUCACCAGCCGAGUACCAGAGCUGGGAGUCACACAGCACGCCAAUCCAGCGUCGGAGCUCAGCAAGCACUUGCACCACGCCGUCGUCUUGAUGUUGGCCCGGUUCAUCCCGGUUACGAGGAUGCAGAUGACUACAAUCGUCGUCUUUCAGAGUAUCACUACAACGGCCAACCGGCCAGAACUCUGCCCAUGCGUCCUCUACCUGCUGUUCGUGCAGCCCCUCCUGCUCGUUCGGCGCAUCCUUCAGUCAGUUCUGUGGCUGGCAGUUCCAGAGCACAGAGGUAUGUUCUUGGAAGCACCAGAAUCGUCGAGGUGACGAGAACCACACUUACAAGAACCAGUAUAUACAGACCAGCACCUCAGUUUCAGCAGCAGCCUGCACCCCCAUCCGUUCAGCAGCCGGUUCAGCAGCCUGACUUCAGCAAUACUGGCACAAGCACUGGCACUGGCACUGGCACCGGCACCGGCACAGGUACACUGACAAACGGAGGUUCAGUUAGUGGAUAUUCACCCACAGCAACCCGCAGAGGAGCAGGCUCUCACGGAGGAAGUGGCGGCAUGUCAUACUUCAGAGGCCCAGCACCUGGUCCCGGAACCAACAGACGCAUCUAUUAAAGGCUACUGGGAGAACAAAACAAUGACACGGCAUAACGCAGUGGUAUGAUGAAAAGGAAAGGCUGAAGUCGUUGAGAGUACCCUCCAAAUGUGGAGUGGGACCAAGGUUUCUUGUCAUGAGCUUAUUUGAGAGAAAGAUCUCAUGUACUGUGUUUGGCUUUUUGGUGGGAAAUGUCCUUGUUGAUGAAUAAAUGGUUACUUUUGAUAUAUGGAUGAAGAAUACAAUGAAUGAUUGCUUACAGUUGAAGAGGUUACGAUCGUGAAUGUAAUGGGGGUAAUGUGUGA